UAUUAUAUGAUUGUGUUUUUUUUUAUGUUUUAAAGUUAUUUUUGUUCACUUUUGUUAGGAAUUUCACUGAGCAAGAAAUAAAGUCAAUUAAUCUACAAGUAUUGUCAGACUAUUCCCAUUUAAAUGAAGUGGUUAGUAAUUUGAGUGAUGAGCAAAAAAGAGACAUUAGGGAUAUUGGGUUUGGGAGUCUCUUAGAUAUUAGGAUAAAGAAGUUUUGUCCUAAUCUGAAUUUGGAGGUGUUGUUAAAUUACAAUGCAUCUGGAAUGAUGUUUUCAACAAAGAAUGGUAAACUGAUUUUUAAUAAGUUUACCAUUAGUGAUGUUUUGGGGUUACCUGUGUCAGAUAGAGCAGUAGAGGUUAUAGAUGAUGACGCCUUUAGGAGGAAAGGUAGUCAGAUAGAGGCUGGAAGUGCCAGGAAGGAUUGGCAUAGGUUUCUUGGUAUUUCUGAUCCCAAGAAGGUAUAUAUUGGUAGAAAAAAUUGGGAUGAUUUGUUUAAGAAAUAUGAAUCCGGGGAUGAUUUCAAGAAGUUAUUUGUUAUCUUUUCGUUGUCCAAGCUUCUAUGUCCUAUAGCUGAUUUAGGGCCUGUGCUGAAAUGUGCCAAGAGUUUAGAAGAUGUAUCUGCAAUUUCAAGUUAUGACUGGUGUGGAUAUAUAUUGAGAAGUCUUUGUGCUGCUGUUUUGGACUGUCAUCAGUCUAUUAUGAUUAAGAAGAUUGAGCUUGGACAGAAGAAAGUAUCAUUCAAGCUUCGGGGAUGCGUCAGCGCUUUGACUCUUGCUGUUAUUCACAACUUCAAGUGUCGUAAUCUGGAUUAUUCAAAUGUCAGUAAGCCAUUUAUCAGUUAUUGGCAGGAUGAGAAGGAUUUGACUGAUGUUGUGAAGCAGUUUGAGAUCAACAUGGAUUUUAUUCUGCCGGUGAAGCGUGAAAAACAGAAGGAAUAUGUGAAGAACAUGCACAAGUUGAAGAGGAAUGCGCUUGCAUUCUGUCAAGUGAAUUUGGAGAUUGCCCAGAAUAUUCGGGAGGAAGGCGAGAAGCUGUCUCAAGACAGUAUUUCUCUGGAUGAUAGUGAAGUAUUUAACCCAGAUUUUCUGAGUCAAAUUGACGACAUAUGCAAGCGUCAUUUGGAAGCGAAAGACAGUGCAAACAAAGUUGAUCCUACAAUUUCACUAUUGGUGAAGCGGCCUGUUGAAUUGGAGUUUGGAAGAAUUGAAAAUGUUCCUGAUUUGGAUUCUGGUGUUCAUGGAGUUGAUUUGAAAGAAGGAAAUGAUGAAAAAGAAGGAGAGGAGGAUGAGAAGAAGAUGAAUGCUGAUGAUGAUCAGCAUAAAGAAGAUGAUGAUGAUGAUGAUGAUGGUGAUGAUAAGGAUCACCAGAAUUAUAAUGAGAGAAAGGAUGAUGAUGCUGAUGAUAAUGGUGAUCCUGGUCUUCAAGGAGAUGAAGACAAAGGAGUAGAUAAGGAUGCUGGUCUUCAUGGAGAUGAAGACAAAGGAGGAGAUAAUGGUGAUCCUGGUCUUCAAGGAGAUGAAGACAAAGUAGGAGAUAAGGAUGCUGGUCUUCAUGGAGAUGGAGAGGAAGGUGGAAAUAAUGAGAAAGAACCGAAGGAAGAUGAUAAUAAGAAGACUGGCAAUGCUGAUGAUGAUUGUGGUCUUCAAGGAGAUAAAGAGGAAGGAGGAAAUAAGGAUUGGAUGCUGGGGUUCUUCAGAAGGAGAGAAAGGAGGAAGUAA